AUGAAUUAUUAAACAGUUUGGGAGUAAAUUAAGGUUUAUGAACCUCAUUCUCAAGAUUUCCAUUUCCUUGAUCUCCAAAAGGUUAAUGCCAAAUUAGCAAUCACCAACCAUUAUAUUUAUUAUGGGUAAUUUGAAAACAAUCAAAGGCAUGGAAAAGGUUAAUUCAAGAUCUCUAUUAAAUAGGUAUACUUUUAUAAUAAAACGGACGCAAAUAUGAGGGUUAAUGGCAAAAUGAUCUGAAGCAAGGGUAUGGAUGGGAAUUCUUGGCCAAUGGAUCUCAAUAUGAGGGCAAUUAUGUAACCGGAAAACCUCACGGGUAAGGCAAAUUCAUCUGGGCCAAUGGAGAUGUGUAUGAAGGGCAAUGGAACCAAGGGGUUAAGGAGGGUUAAGGUACUAAAGUUCAAUAAUUCUUUCAAAAGGCACAUGGCAUGGAUUGAAGGGAGAACAAUAUUAAGGGGAAUGGAGCAAUAACGUAGCUUUUGGAUAUGGAGAAUAUAUUCAAAGCAAUGGGGAUCGCUAUGUGGGACAUUUCAAAAGCUGGCUCAAAAACGGAGAAGGUUAAGAAUACUUUAGCAAUGGAGACUUGUAUUCAGGGAACUAUCUAAAUGGUAAACCGCAUGGAUACGGAGAAUACUAUUGGAGUAAUGGGGCGGUAUUUUAAGGUUAUUUUAAAGAUGGAUUGAGGUAUGGGAAAGGAAUUUGGAAACGAAGAGUAGAUUCCCCAACGGAUCAAUAUCAAGGGGAAUAUGAUGAAGAUAAGAAAAAUGGAUAUGGAAUAUAUAAAUGGUCUAAUGGGAAUGAGUAUCGGGGUGCCUUCAUCAAUGAUUACAAACAUGGAUAUGGAGAAAUGCAUUAUGUUGAUGGCAUGGUAUUAAAGGGAAAUUGGGAAUAAGGAAAAUUAGUGAGUGAAAUUAAAUCAAAUUCACCUAAAAAAACAUAGUCAUCAUUCAAUAAUCAUAUGAAAAUAAUCGAUAACACUCAUUGCUUCAAUAAAAGUUGUCGAAAUAACAAUAAAUAUAUUGAGAUUCAAUUCGAUAAUAGUAAUCAAGUCUAGAACAAUGGUUACAACGACUUUGAGAAUGAAAGGCUUAGUAAUUCAUACAUCGAAGAAGAAAAUAGUAAUAAAAAUGCCUAUAAACAUAAUAAUCCAUUCACUUCUUAAACAAAUAGAACCAUAAAAACUAUUCGAAUAAGGUAGUAUUAAAAGGACAAAUCCUUGAGUAUGAGUCAACAGAAUUAAUAUUAUGGAUCAUCAACUCCCAAGAGAGAUUUUUCAGAGAAGAAUGAAAAACAAAAAACCUAAACUAAAUUCUGUAUCAAAACUUCAGAUAAUUACUACCUACAGAUAAGAAGACCCAAAAUACACUCUUAAUACUGUAAUUGAUUGUACUUACUAUUCAUUUUUAUAUACAUAAACAUAAAAAGUACAAAAUAAUAAAUAAAAAUAUUUGGAUAUGUAGUUGUUAAGGGUUUAUCUUAUAAGACAUGGACAAUCAAUGUAUCAGAGUCUAAAAAUAGUAUCAGGCAAGAAUGAAUUUGGUUUGAGUGGAUUAGGUGUAGUGUAAUCAAAGAGGGUUGGCAAUCUUUUACACUCUGUAAAGUUUGAUUAAGUCUACACUAGUGAUUAUAAGAGGUAUAAUAGUUAAUAGCUUAAAGAUGUAUAGAAUCUUAUUCUCAUAUUGAAAGCCAGUUGAAAUUAAAACCAAGAGUCAUCACAUAUACAACAUUAUUAAGGGAAGUUGAUUAGGGCAAUGAAAUGUUAAAGUCUUAUUAGGAAGUCUAUGCCUUAGCGAAACCUAAAUAAUCCUCAAGUCUAAAUGGAGAAAUCUAAGAAAGAGUGGAAACCUUUCUCGACCAACUGAUUAGAGAUUAAAUAUACAAAAAAUCUUAUAAAUUUGUAAUUAAUUAUAUAACAUUAGUUCUCAUAUAGAGAUUCACUUGCAUCUUAAUUUGAUACGAGUAAUUUAUAUAAUCCCUCUAUUUAAUAGUUCAGCUCAUAUUCUAAGGGAUCAGGGAUGAUUAAUAUAUUAGUUUUGAGUCAUGCUGGGUUCAUAGCAGAAACUCUGAAAUAUCUCUAUUAAAGAAAUAAUUCUCAUUAAACUAAUGCUGAAUAUCCAUUCAUCUAUGCUAGAAAUGGAGCUAUAUUUUAAUUAGAUUUCUAAAUAAAUGAUCUAAAGAAUUGGAAUUGCAAUGUGUCACUGAUGAAUUCUAAAAGAAAAAUAAACACUCCUUUUGAUUCGAUUAUUUGA